GUGCCAGAAACCCUAGGCUUUCCUACAACUCCACCACCUAUGAUAAUUUUCCUGUCCUUACUGUGUUGUCAAUCACUUUCUCUCUCUCUCUCUCCCUUUUCCCCCUCCAGUCUUGUAUGGCCUGGGUGGUCCUCGCCUGCAGCCAUGGGGAAGAUGCUAUCCAAGAUCUUUGGUAACAAGGAGAUGCGGAUCUUGAUGUUGGGCUUGGACGCCGCCGGCAAAACCACCAUCCUUUACAAGCUGAAGCUGGGCCAGCCCGUCACCACUAUCCCCACCGUGGGGUUCAACGUGGAGACGGUCACCUACAAGAACGUCAAGUUCAACGUGUGGGACGUGGGCGGACAGGACAAGAUCCGUCCCCUCUGGAGACACUACUACACCGGUACCCAAGGGUUGAUCUUCGUGGUGGACUGCGCCGAUCGGGAUCGGAUCGACGAGGGCCGGCAGGAGCUUCAUCGCAUUAUCAAUGACCGCGAGAUGAGGGACGCCAUCAUCCUGGUCUUUGCCAACAAGCAGGACCUCCCGGACGCCAUGAAGCCUCACGAGAUCCAGGAGAAACUGGGGCUCACGCGCAUUAGGGAUAGGAAUUGGUACGUCCAGCCGUCGUGCGCAACGUCGGGGGAAGGACUCUAUGAAGGCUUAAUGUGGCUUACCUCUAACUACAAGUCGUAAAUUCCAGAGCCGGAGAGCUGACUCGACAACAGGGCAUGUGCGCCACACCUCCCUAACCGACGAGUUCUUCAAGCUUCCCUUCUCUUCUCAACCUCCCCCUCCCCCCCUUUUCUCUUCGACUCUUCCCCCAACUCCUGGCACAGAGGCCUCUCCAUCCAUGGGGAGAAGAUCUGGUUGCUUCGCUCUCUUGGAAAAGGCCUUGAUUUCGAUGGAUGGAAAAAAAUGGAGGGGAGGGGGUCCUUUGGUGCCCACCUUCAUGGAUCCAUAGCUACCUACCUGCACCCCUUUGGGACAUUUGCCCCCUCUCCCAGCCCUCUGAACUCAGGUGUCUUCCGAAUGAGUCACGUCUUAAGCCAAAGGGAAGACCCUCGUGAAAGAGCGUUGGCUGGGACCAAGUCCAGGAGCUCUGUGUUGACUUGAGGGUGGUUUCCCUUCCUCCUCACCCCCCGGCCCACCUUUUAAAGGUGGGGGGAAGCUUGGCCCUUCCAAGGAACUUGAGUUUGCUCUGCCGUGGCCUCUUGGAAGCCAUCUCUUCCCGCCUGGGCGCCCACAAGGUUGGCAGAGAGUCGAGCCACCGAGCUCAGAAAGGUGCUGCGUUGGCAGGCCAAGCUUGGCAGGGAUGGGAACUCUUUGUUGGAACAGUUUCCUUCCUCUUGGUGUUGCUUCUUCCAGUAUGUCUGCCCGGGAACGCCCUUGUCUCGCCUCGCCUCUCUUCUGACCUGUUCCACCUGCUUGGAAGGCGACGAGGACAGGCAUGCCUAAGCGCCCGACCAAACCCGUUUGCCCAGGAGGGAGUAAAGUGGAAGCCGCCGUUCUGUGGAGGCUGUCUUGUCCCCAGGAUUCCCGGCCUACAGAUCUGGCAAGGGUUCCUCCCUGUAAACGUGGGGACGUUCCCAACUCAAGAAGGACCACAACGGGGUGUGUGUAUGUGUGAGUGUCCGUCACAUUCCUCGACCGGCUCCAUUUACGAAUCCAAACUCGGUUCCCCUAUCGACGAUGAGAACCUCCCUCCCGAUCUCCCAACCUUCCUGGGGUGGCCGUCUUUGGACUACAAAGCCUGUAAAGGCCACCCAGUUUCCACAGCACGACGGGGCUCAAAACCUGGUGAAUGGGAGCCAAGGCCCCUCCUUGGAAAUUUACCUCUCUUUGCUCAUGUAUGUGUGUGUGUGUGUGUGUGUGGAGGCUAUGUAUUCACAUGCCCUCCAGCUGUGAUACGGGACAUUAGUUCUUGAGAACAAAAUGUGCUUUUAUCAUUCAGAUCCAAGCGGUGGGUAUAAAUCCUCCUUUUUAAAAAAUAAUAAUAAUAAUGUACUGAUAUGAUUAUUGGAGGGGGGCAAAGAUCUCAUUUCCAGCACCUUAGAUUGUGUGGCCUUCAGUACAGAUCAGUGGUUGUUGUUUUUUUUCCCAACCGCGGGUGGACUUCAACUCCCAGAAUUCCGGGAGGUUCUGGGAAUCCUGGGAGUUGAAGUCCACCCAUUUUAAAGGCCCCACGGUUGAGAAAUACUGGCAUAGACCAAAGAGGAAGGUGUUCCCCAGGAGGUUAUAAGGAUGGUGGGGUGGAGUGGGCAUAUAAGUCCCCCUCCCUCCGAUUUCAGUCCUUUUCCCCCCUCCCCAUUCUUCCUGCUCACUCGCUUUUUAAAUCCUAUUUUCUGGAUGGGAAGCAAUGGCCAAUUUGAAGUGCUAGAACCCAUCAGGCUGCAUCGAUGCUGGGUCCUCCUUGCCUCUCCUUUAAGCAGUUUUUAAUUCCUCUUUCCCUUAAAAAAAAAAAGAACCCUCUAUUUUAAUAAUGGGGGGGCUUCAUGGGCUCCCAAAUUAGUCCACUGAGGAAUUGGGGGAGCAUCGCAAAUUGUGGAGAAUCUCGGUUCCCUCCUCCAAUUUUCAAGCAUGUCUCGAUGCACGGAAGAGGGCUUGCAACGUCUCUUUUGUUCAAUUCCACCCCUCCAUUUCGUCCAGAUCUUCUCGUCCCUGGCAAUUGUGUACGAUGCAUGAUUCUCACCCGAAUCCUGACCAGCUUGGAUUGGGAAGACUUUGGGGCAGAGCGGAGAGAAAACCUGGAAUGAGAAAGCAGGAGGGAAUAAUUCUUUUUUUUUUUCUUCUGCUAGAGAACCGCGGCUGUGCUAGCCCCGGAGGAAGAGGGAGGGGGCAGGAAAUCAGGUUUGCACUUUCUGCCGGCAGUUUUCCACUGCUGCUUGCACGCUGGGUGUGAACUGGAUCAGAUGUGACUCAACCGGCUGCUUGAGCUUUCUCAGUUGCGCUGAGCCAGUGUAAAAUAUUCUGUUCAGCCGUCUUCCUGUCCCUCUGCUCUCCGCUGAGCUCUUUCGGGAUUUCCAAAAGCCCAGGAAUAAUAUUACAGUCCCUGCCCCACACAAAAAAAAGUGGAGAGGGAGGCCAGAAUAGCGU